UUAAAUCUAUUAUUUUCUUAGAUAUAUAUAUAUAUAUAAAUAUUGUAACAACAAUUAUAAUGGAUGACAGUUCUGAUAAUGAGAAUGUAUUUGAGGUGGAGAAAAUAAUUGAUGUUCGACUUGAUGAGAUUGGACGUAGCCGCUUAUAUCGUGUCCGUUGGAAAGGAUGUGGGAGUGAUGAUGAUACAUGGGAACCAAAAUCUAAUCUUCUAACCUGUGAUGAAUUACUGCAGAGAUUUGAAGAAGAAAGAAGUGCAAAGAAGGAGAGAAAGAAACAGAAAAAGAAAAAAAAAUCCCAGUCAAAGGUUGACAUUCCAGUGGUGAUGGUUAAAGCUGAACCAGAGGAUUAUUCAGAUUUUGAAGACGCAAAAUCUAAGAAAAACACACGUAAUCCAUCUACACUUGCAAAUCUGACUUCUCCGGUUUCAAGUAAUGCUUCAAGUUUUGACAAUGAUUUUGAUUUAUCAGGAAUGACGAGAAAACAACGACAGGCUUACGAAAAACUUAUGGAAGAGUCUCGGCUGGAAGCGGAAUGUGCAAAUAACAGCAUAAACAAUGAGUCGUUAAAGCGAAAAAGUGAUGCAGUGGCUACUAAGAAGCCUACAACAAAGAAAAAUAAGGCUCGUCUUGCUAGUGAUUCAGACUCUGAAAAUUUGAAUAAUACAAUUGUCAAGAGAAAAAAGAAGGGAGUUAAAAAACCUGUGAUUGAUGACUCAUCAGAAACAGAAUUGUCAGUGCUCACAACUUCUAAACCAAGUGAAAUUUUAAAUGAAGUAUUUAACAAACAUACAACAUCAUCUGUGGUCAGAACACCAUCCACAACUGGAGUAACGUCCCAAGCUGGACAAGUAACUCCAACUAAGACAGUACAUCUAACUAAAACAACAUCUCAAGCUAAAAUGUUAGACAGUAGUAAAAGCACUAUCCCAAGUCCUCAAGUUGGGAAAUUAUGUCCAGUUCAGACUGAUGAAUAUGUUCCACUAUUAGAUCAACUUAAAAGUAAAACAGAAACUACCUUACUUCCAAUGUAUCCCUCACCGGAAAAAAACCAAUCAAUUUUUAAUAAUAGCAAUUCAAGUAAGGCAAAAAAUAUGCACUCAAAGCAAACAGAGAGUGUAAAUUCAAUUCAAUCAGAGAAUCUUAAUUUAAUUCAGACAGAAAAUGUAAAUUCAACUCAAAUCGGGAAGGGAGAUACAGCACUACAAGCAAAACCCAACAAGGUAAAUGAAAAACUAAAAAACCUUCGAGCGCUAGUUAAAAUCAAUUCUGUUUUGGAAAAGAUACCGCUGUCAACACAAUCCAACACAUUGAGUGGUUUACCAGUGACAACAAACUUUGCAGAUAUAUUGAAAAAUAGUUCUUCUACUGUUACCAAUGAAAAUUUAAGUAAACAAUUAGGUUUGACCGAAAAAAAUUUUAUGCAAUCAAGUGAAGAAAAUACAAAGUCAACCACAGUUUCCGAAAAAAAUGUGCAAAACGAUCAAGUGGACCAAGGCGAAAAAGUAAACACUGUACACUUCUUAGUGCAAAAUGGUAGUUCUGGUGAUAUUGCUAGUAAGACAGAAAUAAGUAAGAGAGAAAAGAAUAAUAGCCAUGGGAUAGAGAAUAUCUCAAAACAAGAAAAUAGGCAAGAAACUGGAAGUGAUGGCAAAUUAAAAAAUACAAGUGAAAUCGAUAUUACAAAACUAAACAAAAAUGAUACUGACAAACAAACUAAUAAUCAUACGUUGGAAGAACUGCAUACUGUAAAACAUACCUCUACUCAUAAAAAUAAAAACAAUACUUCAACUUAUACACAGCAAUCAACACAAAAAAAAUUGACAAAUGAUGAUUCAUCUCUUGCAACUACAACGCAAUCAGUGUCAUCUCAAUCUUCGAAUUUGUCAAACAAAAAGACACUACAUAGAAGCUCAAGUAGUCCUGCAGUCGGUACAAAGGACGUUUCGAAGAAAAUACAAGAAAAAAAUUUGAAAGAUAAGUCACGAAAAAUUUCUGUUCGUGAAUAUCAAGCAAAACAAAAGAAAAAGAAUACACCGGAUGAAGGAGGUGGAAUUGUGUUAGAUUUUAUGAAAAUUAAUACUGAAACUGCAGUGCCCAAACUAAGAACGAACUCAGUGGAUAGAGCAACAAUUAUACCUUCUAAAAAAACAGUUGAAAGGGUAAAUAGUACUGAUAAGCCACAAGAAAAAGCUCGAAGUGUUCCCCAAUUUAGUCCUUCUACGAAUGCUGAUGUACUAGGUAAUAUACUCGAAUUAAUUGAAAUGCCAGUUGAAAAUGAGGCUGAACAAAAUGUAAAUAGAGACGAGAGUAAUGAAACUGGCUCACAAGAAGAGAAUCAGUCAAUCACAGAAAGUGAAGAAGACAUCAUAUUAGAAGAAGACCCGGACGAAGAUGGCGAUAUUGAUGAUGAUUUAGAUGAAUAUUCAGGAGACGAAGAUGGAAUGUUAAUGUAUACUGAACAAGCUAGUACCAGGCCAUCACACCUGAAUAUACCUGGAGCCAACAGCAAAGUUUUAGACAACCUGAUUGUCUUCCAAGCAAUCCUUCAAGGAGAUUAUACCACUGUCAUACAAUGUAGGAUGGCUUCCAAUAUGAUUGACCAGUAUGUAAGUGAAGAAGAAACUCUUCUAAUGAAAGCAGUUCGAGAAUGUGCUCCAGAUAUGGUGCAGAUUUUGCUGGAAAAGAAAGCCGAUCCUAACAAGGCCAAGACCAAUGGUGUGACACCGUUAAUGGUUGCAGUUCGUUAUAAACAAAAGGGGCUAGUGUCUUUGCUGAUACAGAAUGGUGCAAAAUUAAAUCUUCAAACUGUUAAUGGUGAAACAGCUUUAAUUAUGGCUUGUAAGGCUGGUUACAUGGAGAUUGUACACGUGUUGUUGAACAGUGGAGCGGAUGUAAAACCAGCACUCACCUAUUUAGAGAAAAAUGUAGCUAUACCUUCACAUCCACAGCAUUUACGACCAAUGUUGCAACACGCACUCAAUGCUCAUUCGGAAAGGUUACGGGAGAUUACGGAGACGAUGUUACGAGCUCUGAUUGAUACACCUAAAUUACAAUUGGGACCUUCUUUGAUGAGUUGUAGAACUCUUUCGCCUGACGAGCUGAACGAGCAUGAUUUCUAUUUCAAAUGUGACGUUAAUGCCGCAGAACCACGAAUCAACGUCCUUAUGCUCGCUCUUCCUGCUCUCUUUAAAAAAGAUGGAAAUAUUACAAUCGAUUUUGACAGUAUUAAAUAUCCGGUCGACGAAGUAUAUCUAAAUAAAGAAAAAGCUAUCACAGUUCUACCGGGAAACAAAUCACUUUACUUCCUCCAUCCAGAUUUUGGUGGUCGCGUGAACAUCUUAAAAAUUAAAACUACAUGCCCUAACAAAGUCCUUGUAUGUGUGUACGCAUUAACGUUUGGUAAGUUUGACCAAGCAUCAGCAGCACGUAUCGUUACUCAUCCUUAGCAAAGUCCUUUCGUGUAUAUGUACGCAUUCACGUUUGGUAAGUUUGACCAAGCAUCAGCAACACGUAUCAUUACUCAUCCUUAACAAAGUCCUUUUGUGUAUAUGUACGCAUUGACGUUUGGUAAAUUUGACCAAGCAUCAGCAACACGUGAUGCAAACAAACAAAGCUUGUUUCUUUCUCAGUAGAACGUUGUUCUUCGCUCAUCAGACUUCCAAAUAGGAAGUCGCGUUUUCAUUAGGAUUAGAAUUGUUUGAGCCUUUUGCAUUAUAUUAGUUGGUGCGAUAUCACAUUAGCAAUCUGUAUACCUCGAUAAAUUUGAAGUGUUCGUAUUAUGAUAGUUUUAAUAUUUUCAUGACAUUUACUAAUCGUGUUAAUGAGAGUUUUAUAGUUGGAAUUUCGUUUCUUUUUUGUACUUGUUUCAGCGUUGACACUGCGGUUCCAUAGUGAUAACGCAUGCAACUAAUCGCAUGUUUUCAUGUUUUUAUAUAAAUAUGUCAAGAAUGUGAAAGAUCUUAUAGCUUUUUUAUACAUGUGAUUCCGUUAUUUUAAUGAGAUAGGCAUUAUUGUAUAUAUUAUUAUAUUUAUAUAUAUCUGAGUUUAUUUAAGUACACAUUUAUGGACAUUUUUUUCCUUCACAUGCUAAAAAAGAAAAGAAUAAAAAGUAAUAUUAA